AAAUGAACAAAUAAAAAAAAAAAUAUAAAUACAAAAAUCACUCCAAUUUCUCACUUUGCUCCUAUAGCUCUCCAAUCCCCUUUCAUUCUUCCUGUUUCCAAUCGGCCGAAGGGGAUAAUAUUUAAAACACACAAACUCCAAUUCAGGCUUCUCAAUUUCCUCUUUAUUCACAGAUCUAAAUCUAAAUGACGGCAAAAACAAACCGUGAAUUCGCCACAUCAUCGGCGGCGCCAUCGGCAACUGAAACGGCGUCGGCGAAAUCGGAAUCGGAAUCCGGUGAUCUUAACCGGAAUAAAUCGGACAGUAGUAGAAACGGCGUCGUUGUGUAUCGGAGGAACAAGAGACUGAAGAUGGCAGAUUCGAGUGGUAAAGUCGUGAACACCGAUGUAGCGAAGGGUAAUUUGGGAAUUCCAGUGGAGGAGAGUAAGAAGAGUAGGAGGCUUACGCGAUCAGCUGUUGUAGGGCGGAAGAGAGAGCUAGUUGAGAUUUUGAAUGGAAAAUCUGGGAGUGAAGUUGAUGAUGAGAGAAGUAGUGUAACGAAGAAAUUAGAAAUGAAAAUGUCGAAGAAGAUUUCGAUCACGGUGAUACCCGCGACGGUUAAGGAACUGUUUGAGACUGGUUUAUUGGAAGGUUAUCCUGUUUUCUACGCUGGGAAGAAGGGAAUUCCACUCCGAGGAAUAAUUAAAGAUACCGGAAUUCUUUGUUCUUGUGAACUGUGCAAGGGAACUACAGUUAUCCCUCCUAGCAAGUUUGAGAUCCAUGCGUGUAAUUCUUACAGACGUGCAUCAGAGUAUAUUUGCCUAGAAAAUGGCAAGAGCCUCCUCGAUGUGGUCAAAGAGUGUAGCAAAGGUUCCUUGAAAACAUUAGAAGAAACAAUUCAGAGUGUUAUUGGUCCAGUUCCUAUGAAGAAAAGUCUCAUUUGUCGGGAUUGCAAGGGGUCUUUUGUUGCAACACUAGCUGGUAAAGAUGAACAACUUUGUGAUCCAUGCAUAAUUUCUUUAAGAUCAGGAGCCACUCCAACACAGUUGAUAAACACUGAAAAUGGGGUGUUUGAGCCUGUUCUGAACUUAAAAUCCUCGGGAACUUCAACUAUGUCAUCUGUUUUGCCCAGAGGCAUUAGAGGAAGGAAAAAGAAAAAGGCCGUGAUGGUGCAUUCAAGUAGUCAGUCUCCUUCAGUGCAUACUCUCUCAAGAAAUAAGUGGAAGACACCCAAUAAGUUAAUGAAUCCAGUUUUUAGUCCAAAGUCGGAUGGAGCUGUUACAAUGGGCAGUUCAUUGACAAACAACAUGCAGGGAAAUAUCUCAGAAAAAUUGUCAAAAUCAGUUCCAGUUUCAAAGUAUUCGAAAGUUUCGCCUGGUGUCUCAGUGCACUCUAGGAACCAAUGGAAAAUGACAAAAAGGGAUCAAAAAAUGCAUAAAUUGGUUUUUGAGGAAGGUGGACUCCCUGAAGGAACUGAAGUAGCUUAUUAUUCUCGUGGAAAGAAAUUGCUUGUUGGUUAUAAGAAGGGAUCUGGUAUAUUCUGUUCUUGCUGCAAUACUGAGGUUAGUCCGUCUCAGUUUGAAGCUCAUGCAGGAUGGGCAUCUCGCAAGAAACCUUAUGGGUACAUUUACACGUCUAACGGAGUUUCGCUACAUGAGUUUGCUAUAUCUCUAUUAAAAGGCCGUAAGUCUUCACUUAAAGACAGUGAUGACUUGUGCAUCAUAUGCGCAGAUGGCGGUAAACUAGUGCUUUGUGAUGGAUGUCCCAGAGCUUUCCAUAAAGAGUGUGCAUCAUUAUCAACUAUCCCUCGCGGUAAAUGGUACUGCAAGUAUUGUGAAAGUAUGUUACAGAGGGAGAAGUUCGCGGAACACAAUGCGAAUGCCUUAGCAGCUGGCAGGGUCUCCGGUGUUGAUUCUAUAGAGCAAAUAACAAACCGCUGCAUUCGUUCUGUCAAGAAUGCUGAAGAGGCAGAAUUUAUUGCAUGUGUUUUAUGCAGAGCUUAUGACUUUAGCAAGUCUGGUUUUGGUCCACGGACUGUCAUCCUUUGUGAUCAGUGUGAGAAAGAGUAUCAUGUUGGCUGCUUGAAGAAAAGCAAGAUAUCAGAUUUAAAGGAAUUGCCUAAAGGGAAGUGGUUCUGUAGUACGAAUUGCAAGAGGAUCUAUUCUGCACUGCAAAAUUUGCUAAACUCAGGAGAAGAAAGGUUGCCUGAUUCUUGUUUGGAUGCAACAAGGGUGAAGGAAAAGGAAAAGAGUUUGGUUGCUGGUGGUGAAUUUGAUGUUAGAUGGAGACUUCUGAGUGGCAGAGUUUCCUCUCGUGAAACCCGAAGGCUACUGGCAGAAGCUGUUUCUAUCUUCCAUGAUGGCUUCGAUCCUAUUGUUGAUUCAGUAACUGGACGAGACUUCAUUCCGUCUAUGGUCUAUGGAAGGAAUAUUAGGGGUCAAGAUUUUGGAGGCAUGUAUUGCACUAUAUUGACUGUAAACUCAACAGUAGUAUCAGCAGGGAUCCUCCGAAUUUUUGGACAGGAUAUGGCCGAACUCCCUCUUGUGGCAACCCGUGUUGGUAGCAAAGGCAAGGGAUACUUUCAGGUGCUGUUCUCCUGCAUAGAAAAAUUGCUUGCGUUUUUAGGCGUGAGACGCUUUGUACUCCCAGCUGCUGUUGAAGCUAUGUCGAUUUGGACUAAGAAAUUUGGAUUCGUGGAGUUAUCACCAGAUCAGAUUGCCAACUACAGAAAAACCUGUUGGCAAAUGAUUAGCUUUAAAGGAACGUCUAUGCUGGAAAAGAUGGUUCCUAAAUGUCGAAUAAUUCAGCGGGGUGAAGCUGAAGCUGAAGCUGAUGUUCCAGAUGAGUAGUUUGACACCGAUGAUAGAACUUUGAUCCCAUUUGUAGAUCCCAUUUUUUUUUUUCAAAUUACAUGUAUAUUAUCAUCUUAUUUAUCAAAGAGGUAAGUAGUAACUAUAACAAAUGAGCUGUGUUAAAAGGUUUCUGAGACUCAUGCAUAUCUUGAGUUUAAUGUGAUGCUCUUUUCUCUCCGCGCCCUUA